AUGGGCUCCAUAGAUUCCAUCGGACCUCUUUUCCAACCACUUAGCCUGGGAGCUCUCUCCCUCAAGCACCGUGUGAUUCAGGCACCAUGUACUCGCAUGCGUGCCACGAAAGAGUCGGAUGGUGUAUUUGUUCCCAAUGAUCUCAAUGUGGAAUAUUAUUCUCAGCGAGCUUCUGACGGCGGACUCAUGCUCACAGAGGCAACUCCAAUUAGCAGAUUGGCUGCUGGGUAUCCCGGAGUUCCAGGUAUCUUCACCGCGUCUCAAAUUGCAGGCUGGAAGAAGGUCACCGAUGCUCUAUGGCAUGUCGGCCGAGCUACUGUGCCUUCUUUUCUCGAAGGAAAGCAAGCUGUUGGUGCAAGUGACAUUCCACUCCGUGGGAAUGCGCUAGAUGGUACGGCCUUUGCAGACUCACCACCGAGGCCAUUGACUGUGGAAGAAAUUCAAGAACUGGUCAAAGAGUAUGGAGCAGCAGCGAAACGAUCCAUCCAGGCUGGAUUUGAUGGUGUGGAAAUUCAUGGUGCGAAUGGUUAUAUUCUUGACCAGUUUCUCCACGAUAACGUCAACACGCGCACAGAUGAGUACGGCGGAUCGAUCGAGAAGCGCUCUCGCAUUGUUCUCGAAGUCAUCAAAGAAGUCACUGCAGCGAUUGGUUCCGACCGUGUAGGAAUUCGGCUUUCACCAUACAAUUUCUUCCAAGAUACGCGCGAUUCCAAUCCCAACGCGCACUGGCUCUGGCUCUGCUCCCAGAUUGCCAGUCUUCCCGCUGAGUCUAAGCCAAUCUAUGUUCAUAUGGUUGAGCCUCGUUUUGACGAGGUACUUGAUGAAGAGGCUAAGAUUGGCUCAUUGCCCUCGGAUAAACCAUCUUUGGAUAUUUUCCGUCCAACGCUGAAGAAGGCUGGUAUUUUAUUCCUGGCGAAUGGCAACUUCAAUCCCGGGAAUGUGGGACAAAAGGUUUUGAAUGAUGGUGCUGAUGCAGUUGCCUUUGGACGGUACUUUAUUUCAAAUCCUGAUCUGCCGCGGCGGUUGAAGGAAGGUCUGCCAUUGAACCCGUAUGAUCGAUCGACAUUCUAUGGAGCGGAUCCUGCUGAGAAGGGAUAUACGGAUUACCCUUUCUACACUAAAUAG